GAGAAUGCAGCCUAUCUCUAUGCUAACCUUCAAGGAUCUCCUGCAUUGCAUUUUACCCCGCAGUUUCCGUUGUGCCAUGAAGUAGUUCGGUGAUCUUUUUGUGAAAUCUAGUGCGUGUGUGUGUCGGAGAAACUCCUAUUGGAACUGUACUCAAUGGCGCUAAAAAGUGUGUGGUUUCCAAUGAAGUGGCUGCAUACAGACUUGUUAGAAAAAAUGCUGAUAGAAAUGAGACAUUGAAAGGCCAAGUGUUUCCCAAUUUAAGCCGCUGUUGUUUUUUUUAAUCUGUUGAGUGGUGCAAGUUGAUAAUAUGGAUUUUUAUACAAAAAUAUUUGACAUCUCACAAAAUUUGGGUCUGCAGUUUUCACAUAGUCGCAUUUAUGUUGUGGCACGUCGUAUUUUCUAUGAUUUUUGGGAUAGCGAGCCGAGUAGUUACAGCAUCGAAUUUAUACCAGACACAUCGUACGAAAAGGCUUGCAGGCGUGGUUCCGCACCGGCGACACCCAUAUUGGGUCAAAAACAGCAACAACAAGAACAUAAUACAACAUCAAGGUUUACGAAUUUCUUUUCAAAACGAUCAAAUCCACUCAAACGUACAAAAUCAGUUACCAAAUUGGAACGCACCAAAAGAGGCUCAGGCGGCUUGCGCGGCUCGCGUUCACAUGAGAGUUUACUCUCCAGUCAUGCAGUCAUGUCGUCGAUCGAUCUCUCCUGCACCGGCGCUGUCGGCGUCGCUCCAGUGCAUCAGUCCGUGCUCGGCCGUCGACACUGUUUCCAAGUGCGCGGCGGUCCACGUGGCGAGCGCUACUAUGCGUGUGGCUCGCGCCAGGAACGCGAUCUCUGGAUAUACUCAUUGCGUAAAUCCAUAUCACCAAACGCCGACCACACGCGCCACACUGACAAUUCGUUGAAAAUGUGGAUCUACGAAGCAAAGAAUCUACCACCAAAGAAGAAAUAUUUCUGCGAACUACACCUUGACAAGGCCUUGUAUGGUCGCACCAGCGUCAAACUACAAACUGAUUUGCUCUUCUGGGGUGAAUACUUCGAUUUUCCAGAUGUGCCCGACAUCAAUGUGAUCACGGUGAAUGUGUUUCGUGAGGUGGAGAAGAAGAAGAAGCGCGAUAAGCAUAUGUUUGUGGGUUCGGUGAAGAUACCGAUACACGAAGUAACUUCGCGCAUAUUUUCCGAGGACUGGUAUCCUAUACUCAGUGAGAAGUCCAACGACAGCUUGAACCGCAAUGGCAAGGAAGUGACACCGACGCUACGCAUCAAAUGUCGCUUCCAGAGCACUGAUAUUCUGCCGAUUAAUGUGUACGCCGACUUUCUGGAAUAUCUGAAAAAUAAUUAUAAACGCGUUUGUGAAACGCUCGAACCGGUGAUAGGCGUGAAGGCCAAAGAGGACAUUGGGCAGGCGCUCGUGUUGCUAAUGCACGCUCAGGGACAGGCAGGCGCCUUCCUCACCGAUGUCGUAGCAUUGGAUUUGUUACGGGUUGGCGAUCAACGGCUCACAUUCCGCGGCAAUUCAUUGGCGACCAAGAGCAUGGAAGCUUUUCUCAAAUUAACUGGCGAACAGUAUUUGCAGGACACGCUGUCGGCGCCCAUAAACGAGAUUAUACAGUCCGAUCGUGACUGUGAAGUGGAUCCGACAAAAGCGAACGGGUCGCUGCAACGGCAGCAAGCUUCCCUGCGCGCGGCAGUGCGUAGCGCCUGGCAGUGCAUCUAUGAGUCGCACAAACAUUUUCCACAGCAAUUGCGCUCAUGUUUCGCCACCUUCAGAGAGCGCUUACAACAGUUGGGGCGACAGGAUAUGGCGGAUAAUUUAAUAUCGGCUUCCAUCUUUCUGCGCUUCCUGUGCCCGGCGAUACUGUCGCCAAGCUUGUUCAAUAUAACCAACGAGCUUCCCUCCGCACGCGCUACGCGCAAUCUUACACUCGUCGCAAAAACACUUCAAACACUGGCAAACUUCACACGCUUCCAAGGCAAGGAAAGCUUCAUGGAGUUUCUCAAUGACUUUCUCGAGCAGGAGGCGCCACGCAUGAAAGAAUUCUUGCAACAGAUCUCCUCGCGUCCGGAACACGCCGCUCCCGAGUCCAUACUCGACUGGGCGGGCUACAUAGAUCAGGGCAAACAACUUUCCAUACUGCACACUUUGCUCAGCGAAAGCAUCAGCAAGCUGCCAGAGGCACGUCAACAUGAACUCGACCCACUGCAACACAUUUUAAACGAGAUUAGCAAAGCCAAAGAGAGCAAUAAUUUCUUGCAACACAUGCCGCACAUGUGCCCCACCUCCCACACACCCACUGAGAAUCAAGAGAAUCGCAAUCCGGAGGAUAUGCCCAUGCAGGUGCAACAACAUCCACCAAUACAACAUCAGGCGCAGCUGGCACAGCCACAACACGCAGUCGUCACAAAACCCAUGCCGGCGGAGCGCGGCAUUAUGCGCGGCGUUUUGACGCCCAGCUCCUUGGAGAAGAACAUUUUCCGUUACAAUGAUCCGACAGUGAAUGCGCUGCUUCAGCAGCAGCAACAACAACAUGCGCAUGCACACCCGCAUCAAUUGCAAUCACAGCUCUCAAUGGGCAGCAACAGCGGUCUGGACAAGCGGCACUCGAAUUCGCAGAGCUCCAUCGCGGGCGGCACAGGCUACAUGAGCACCCAGCUGCAACACGCGCAGUCACAGAGCUCGUUGGCGUCGUCCUCGAUCAAUGGCGGUGGCGGUGGCAGCAGCCACAAUUUACUGGUUUCCGCCAACGUACAGCACCAUUGCCCGCCUGCGCCUGCCGCGAGCGCCAACAAUACCAUGGAACGUUUACUUGUAGGCGGUGGCGCCGGCAAUGCGCAUUACUACGGCCUCAUGGGCAAUAGCAACGGAAAUAUGUCGUCGUCAAUGGCCAGCAGCAGCAAUUUGAGCAGCCACAAUGGUAACGAGAGCGACGGCACCGCUGCGGGCAUGCUGCGUGCCACCACAUUGCCACGUGGCAAUAACAACAACUACGACGAGCUGGCCAACGGCGAGUUCAUACAGAUUUCCGGCUUGGAUACGAAUAGCGCCUUUGUGCGCAAGUCACCGACGCCGAUGCUGAAGGGUAACGCAGCGCAGCAGCAACGCCAGAAGUUGCACAACUCGAAUGUAAGCCUGGUGCUGAACGAACGCACACCGAGCAAAUUGAACCUGGGCAUACCCGAUCACAGCAGCUCCUCCACGCCGCAUGCACACAAGCUGCCCGCAUACCAAAGACCGCCGCCCGCAUCCGGCGCACAUCUGCAUGGGGCGCGCGACUCCAAUCCACAUCCGAACAUGCCGAUGAAUCUUGAAGACCUGGAUGAUCUCUUCAAGUACGCUGAGGAGCAUGCGGUGGUGGGUGAGGUUGUGUCUGCCAACAUUCACGCAUCGCAAGGGGGCGGCCAACAAAAGAGUGCGCGUGAACAGCUAUCGGCUAAGAGUAGUCACUGUUCGUCGGGCUAUCAGAGCAUCGCCACCAAUCCGCCGUCACAGUCGUCAAGCCCCAUCGAACAGCAGCAGCAGCAACAGCAGAAAAGCAGCGGCAAUACGCCGCUCGCUUUCAAGAAUCCCACAUACCAGCUGCAGCAGCAGCAGCAGUCGACCGGAAACUCAGCGCCCGCGCAUCAUCACCACCACCAUCACCAUCAUCAGCGUGUCAACUACAGCAGUGGCUUCCACCCCGGUGGCGGCAGCAACGGUCAACCGCAAUCGGCGCACCAGCAGCUGUUCGGCUCAGCUGCCUCACAACGCCCCAAGCCACAAGGCGGCGGUCUAGUGGCUGCACGUGCAGCGCUCUUGAAUAAUGGCGGCACGCUGACGCCAUCCUCCUCGGAGGAGCGCCUCUCAACCGACAAUUAUCACGGUUUCGGCGGCAGCAGCGCUAGCAGCAAGUUGAUGAAGUCACCUUCACACGGUCAUUUGGAAGCGCAGCGCUCGCUCAGCGGCGGCAGCAGCUCAUCAUCGUCGGGCGCCAACAUAGGCUUAGGCCCCGUGUCAAUACAAUCCACUGCAAGCGGCACGCGCAUGCCGCGUACCAAUCCACAAUUCAAGCGUGAGGACAUCUAUGCGCCGUUGAAUGGCAAUAGUAGCGGCAGCUAUAUGCCAGCAGCAGUCGCUGCUUCCAGCGCAGCGAGUGGAAUCUUUAGCAACAAUGGCUUUGGAAAACCGGGCGGCGGCUUGGCGCACAGCAGCGCGAAUAUGGGCGGACGUUAUCAGCGGCGCUUGAGUUUAGACUCUGCGCGCACACUCUCGGAUAGCUCAACAGACACAGAAGGUCACUGCGCGCCACAUGAAGGCAAACGCCGUCGUCAACCACGCGCGCACACAAACUCCGGCAAUCAUCAACAGCACAUCGUGGCGGCCGGCAAUAGUAGCACUGGCGGCAGCGCUGGCAGCGCAAAUAGCGGCAGCUUCGACCAGAAUGGCGAAAUACAGCUGCUACAGGAAACCUUAGAUACGUUGCGGCAUACGCUGGACCGCGACGAAGCGGAGCUGCGCGAUUCCAGUGACGAGCUGUUCGCGCUAAAUCGACACAAUAGCGCGAAUGGUGGUAGCGGCGGCAGCGGUGUGAGCAAUUUGAGCAUGCAAUCGGAGUCGACAAUGCGCAGUAUUAUCGAUAGGCUCAUUACCAUGGAGGAGGAGCUGCGGCGCGAGCAAUUGAAGAUGUCGCUGGCCUUGUCGCACAAGCAGCGCGUCAUUGAGGAGCAGGGCCAGCAAAUCGCCGCGCUGGAUGCAGCUAAUAGUCGGCUGCUGAGCGCGCUGACCGCGCUACGACAGCGCUAUGAAAACCAACAGCAGGCGCAACAACAACAGCAAGCGAAUUUGACGGGCGCAGGUGCACAGCAGCAGCAGCAGGCACAGUAAAGAGGUGCGCUGCAGUGGCGCGGAAUGGGAAACGGAGGGAUAUAAUUAAUUUCUAAUUAAAUUUAUUAAAUUAUUAACGCAUUAGGGUAGGGUAGACGCCGUAGUGUGGAAGCGGCAGCAAAGCAUGAAGCUUAAAGUAAAGUAGAA